UGUGGUCUGAAGUAUUCUGGGCCUGAACUGAGGAAUCGCAAACGCAUUCACGCCAUUACUGGGUGAUUCAUCUUUAGAAGUCUCCUAGUUUUGUCAGAAGACACAACAUGAUCAACUCAGACUUUCCUAUGUUGCAGGACUCGUCAAAUGACGGGCAAGGCGACACUGUGAGUCUGAGCAUGAGUGUUAGUGAGCUGGAUGACUCUGGGGAAGGAAAGGGCAAGAAAAAGAGAGGCAGGCCUGGAAAACAAGGAGCGGCCAGUAAGAAGGCCCGAAGGUCUCCGGUUGAUAAAGGCGGGAGGAGGCCGAAUGGAGUGGCCCAUCAGAAUGGAGAGGGCACAGACCCCAGCACUCUGUUUGAGGUGGUCAAACAAGGCAAAAGUGCCAUGCAGUCUGUCAUUGAUGACUGGAUUGAAUCUUACAAGCAAGACAGAGACCUUGCACUCCUAGAUCUAAUCAACUUUUUCAUUCAGUGUUCUGGCUGUAAAGGCACUGUAAGGAUUGAGAUGUUCAGGAACAUGCAGAAUGCUGAAAUUAUCAGAAAGAUGACAGAGGAGUUUGAUGAGGACAGUGGCGACUACCCUCUCACAAUGGCAGGGCCGCAGUGGAAGAAAUUCCGAUAUAACUUUUGCGAGUUCAUCAUGGUUCUGAUCCGUCAGUGCCAGUACAGCAUCAUCUAUGAUGAAUACAUGAUGGACACCGUCAUUUCUCUGCUCACUGGGCUCUCAGACUCACAGGUCCGAGCCUUCAGACACACCAGCACGCUGGCAGCAAUGAAACUGAUGACAGCCCUGGUAAAUGUUGCUCUGAACCUGAGCAUCAAUCAGGAUAACACACAGAGGCAGUAUGAGGCCGAACGGAAUAAGGUCGCAGGGAAAAGAGCCAACGAGAAGCUGGAACUGCUGCUGGAGAAGAGGAAAGAGCUCCAAGAAAACCAAGAUGAGAUUGAGAACAUGAUGAACUCAAUCUUCAAGGGAAUUUUUGUUCACCGUUACAGAGAUGCCAUAGCGGAAAUCAGAGCUAUUUGCAUAGAAGAAAUUGGCGUUUGGAUGAAGUUAUACAGUGAUGCUUUUCUCAAUGACAGUUACUUGAAGUAUGUGGGAUGGACGCUACAUGACAGACAAGGUGAAGUUCGACUCAAAUGUCUAAAGGCUCUUCAGACCCUCUACACCAACAGAGAGCUAUACCCCAAACUUGAGCUCUUCACCAAUCGAUUUAAGGACCGUAUUGUGUCUAUGACAUUGGAUAAAGAGUAUGAUGUGGCAGUAGAGGCCAUACGACUUGUCACUUUGAUUCUGCAUGGUAGUGAGGAUGCUUUGUCUAAUGAAGACUGUGAGAACGUCUACCAUCUAGUGUAUUCGGCUCAUCGUCCUGUUGCUGUGGCAGCUGGAGAGUUCCUUCAUAGAAAGUUAUUUAGCAGGCAUGACCCUCAGGCUGAGGAGGCUUUGGCGAAAAGACGAGGCCGAAACAGCCCUAAUGGGAACCUUAUAAGAAUGCUAGUGCUUUUCUUCCUGGAGAGCGAGCUUCACGAGCAUGGAGCAUACCUGGUGGACAGUCUAUGGGACAGCUCACAGGAUCUGCUGAAAGAUUGGGACUGCAUGGUCGAGCUCCUGCUGGAGGACCCUGUGCAGGGGGAAGAGGUGUUGGGAGACCGUCAUGAGGGCGCACUGAUCGAGCUCAUGGUCUGUACCAUCAGACAGGCAGCCGAAGCUCAUCCGCCUGUGGGCAGAGGAACAGGAAAGAGGGUGCUCACUGCCAAAGAGAAGAAGACACAGAUUGACGAUAAGAACAGGCUGACUGAACACUUGAUUGUUGCUCUGCCCAUGCUGCUGUCAAAGUACCAGGCUGAUGCUGAAAAGGUGGCGAACCUCCUUCAGAUCCCUCAGUACUUUGAUCUUGAAGUCUACAGCUCAGGACGAAUGGAAAAGCAUCUGGAUGCCCUGCUGAAGCAGAUCCGGGUGGUGGUGGAGAAGCACGCUGAGAUGGAGGUUCUGGAAGCGUGUAGCAAGACUUACAGCAUCUUGUGCAGUGAAGAAUACACCAUCAUGAACCGCGUGGACAUCGCUCGCAGUCAACUCAUCGACGAGCUCAUGGACAGAUUCGCUCACUCAGUAGAAGACCUGCUGCAGGAGGGCGAUGAAGCAGAUGAUGAUGACAUUUAUAACGUUCUUUCAACGCUAAAGAAGCUCACUGCGUUCCAUAAUGCACAUGACCUUACAAAGUGGGACCUUUUCAAAAAUUGUUAUCGAUUGUUGAAGAUGGGGAUCGAACAGGGCUCCAUGCCAGAGCAGAUCGCUGUCCAAGCUCUGCAGUGCUCUCAUUACUCCAUCCUGUGGCAACUGGUGAAAAUUACUGAAGGAUGUCCAUCAAAGGAUGAUCUUGUGGCAUUAAGAAGAGUGGUGAAGUCAUUUCUAGCGGUUUGCCAACAGUGCCUGUCUAAUGUGAACACUCCAGUCAAAGAGCAGGCCUUCAUGUUGCUAUGUGACCUGCUGAUGAUUUUCAGUCACCAGUUGGUCUCAGGCGGCCGAGAAGCUCUGCAGCCGCUGGUCUUCAAUCCAGACAGCACUCUGCAGAAUGAACUGCUCAACUUUGUCCUGGAUCACGUGUUUAUCGACCAGGAUGAUGAAAAUCAGAGCAUGGAGGGUGAUGAAGAGGACGAAGCUAAUAAGAUUGAGGCCCUUCAUAAGAGGAGGAAUCUGUUGGCCGCCUUCAGCAAACUAAUCAUCUACGACAUUGUGGACAUGCCUGCUGCUGCUGACAUCUUCAAACAAUAUAUGAAGUAUUACAAUGACUAUGGAGACAUCAUCAAAGAAACCUUGAGUAAGACCAGACAGAUGGACAAGAUCCAGUGUGCAAAGACCCUUAUCCUCAGCUUGCAGCAGCUCUUCAAUGAGCUGAUCCAGGACCAAGGACCCAACCUGGACCGAACGUCCUCACAUGUCAGUGGCAUUAAGGAAUUGGCCCGUCGCUUUGCACUCACAUUUGGGCUGGACCAGAUCAAAACCAGAGAGGCCGUGGCCACACUGCACAAGGAUGGGAUUGAGUUCGCCUUCAAGGUCCCGAAUCCAAAAGGACCAGAGUACCCACCACCGAACCUGGCCUUCCUGGAGGUGCUCUGUGAGUUCUCCUCCAAACUCCUACGACAAGACAAAAAGACUGUUCAUUCAUAUCUGGAGAAGUUUAUGACGGAGUAUAUGAUGGAGAGAAGAGAGGACGUCUGGCUGCCUCUCAUCGCGUACAGGAACUCCCUGCUGACAGGAGGAGAUGACGACCGACUGUCUGUCACCACCGGCACCAGCUCUACCAGCAAAACCAGCACGGUCCGCAGCAAAAGGGGUCGACUGCCACAGCACAAAAGACGACCGGAAGAAGAGAGUGUUGAGGGUUCAUGGGUAAUGCGUAAUGACACACUUCAGACACCAGGGGGCCUCCACACCCCACAGCUCACAUCCACUGUCCUGAGAGAAAACUCCAGACAGGCAGCAGCAGAUCACAUCACAGACCAAGACUUGUCGGAACCAGGCUCAGAACCAGACUACAUGCACAACCCUCAGAUGCAGAUGUCAUGGUUGGAUCAGCAGAAGAUGGAGGAGGUGAACAGAAAAGAUAGAGGAGGGAUGAACUACAUGAAAUCACGCAGUGGUGGAGUGAGACAGCAGGUGUACGUACUCGCACUACUGACCAUGAUGCUAAGCAGUUGACAUUUCAGAAAGCUUUUGUGUCCUUUACUAAAGCAAUAAGUCAUGAGAAGACAUCACAGCAAUU